AUGGCGACGUCGGCUCAGCUCCGGCUCAUGUCCGAUCUCAGAACCAUAACAAGCGAGCCUCCUGAGGGUUGCAGCGCCAGCCCUCUGUCCGAUGAUAACCUGAUGGUGUGGAGCGCCACCAUAUUUGGGCCCGAGGAGAGCCCCUGGGAAGGUGGUGCUUUCAGUUUGAGGUUAACAUUUGGUGAACGUUACCCCGAGAAGCCGCCUCGGGUUCGAUUUACCUCUGAAAUGUUCCAUCCAAAUGUUUAUCACGAUGGUACACUGUGCAUGGAUAUAAUUCAGGAUGCUUGGUCACCCUGCCACAAUGUAUCUACGAUUUUGACAUCUAUUCAAUCGCUUCUCACGGAUCCAAAUCCUGCAAGUCCGGCAAACAACGAGGCUGCUCACAUGUAUCAGCAUGACAUACAAGCUUACAACAAGAGGGUACGCCGCUGUGCUCGUCAUUCCAUUGAUUCGUUGUAG